GAUAACAUCAAUAUAAUAAAUAUAUGUGAAGCUGACUGCCCAGUAUUAACUGAUCUGGUUUCCCGUUAGCUCCCAAGAGUUUUAAGACACGAAGAACCCCACGGCCACCUGUUUCUGAAUCAGGGCUGGCAAUGGGAACGAUGAGGCUUUUGAAACCGUUGGUUGUGUCCGUCUCGUCAUUGUUCUUCGUGGCUCUGUCGGGCUUCGCCCAUGGAUUCGUGAUGACGCCUCGCUCUUUGAUUAACCGCUUGUCUCAAAGUAGCUAUUAUUUAACCACAAAAGAGCUCUGGUUCGACCAGACUCUCGAUCACUAUUCUCCUUAUGACCACCGGCAAUUUAAGCAGCGUUACUAUGAAUUCCUUGAUUACUUUCAAGUUACCGAUGGACCUAUUUUCUUAAAAAUUUGUGGGGAGUCUUCGUGCAAUGGCAUAAGCAAUGACUAUCUCGGCGUUUUGGCCAAGAAGUUUGGGGCUGCUGUGGUUUCACUUGAGCAUCGUUACUAUGGGAAAAGCAGCCCUUUUAAGUCACAUACAACGGAAAAUCUGAAAUAUCUUUCAUCUAAGCAGGCUCUCUUUGACUUGGCUGUUUUCCGUCAGUGGUAUCAGGAAUCCUUAAACUUGAAGCGAAAUAGAACAGGUGCUGAGAAUUCAUGGUUUGUUUUUGGCGUUUCAUACUCUGGUGCUCUUAGUGCGUGGUUUCGACUUAAGUUUCCUCAUUUAACAUGCGGAAGCCUGGCAAGUUCUGCUGUUGUUCAUGCUGUUUACAACUACACUGACUAUGAUAAGCAGGUUGGUGAGUCAGCUGGUCCCGAAUGCAAAGCCGUGUUACAAGAAAUCACUGAACUUGUUGAUCGGAGUCUUGAAACAAACAAAAAAGAACUGAAGGAGCAGUUUGGUGCAGCUGAGCUUGAGAUUGAUGGUGAUUUCCUCUAUUUCCUGGCGGAUGCUGCUGUUGUUGUGUUUCAAUAUGGACAUCCAGAUGCAUUAUGCACCCCUCUUGUUGAAGCAAAAAAGGCAGGAGUGGAUUUGGUGGCCGCCUAUGCCAAAUAUGUCAAAGAGUAUUUUGUUGGAACUUUUUGUGUCAGUGUUGAAACUUAUAAUCAGAAACACUUGAAGAACACUGCCGUUAAAGAAGGUAGUUCUGACCGGCUAUGGUGGUUUCAAGUGUGUACUGAAGUUGCAUAUUUCCAGGUGGCACCCUCAAAUGACACCGUUCGCUCUUCCAAAAUUGAUACAAAAUACCACUUAGAUCUUUGCAAGAAUGUCUUUGGAGAAGGCAUUUACCCAGAGGUUGAUGUGACAAAUAUAUACUAUGGAGGCACAAAUAUUGCAGGUUCAAAAAUCAUUUUUACAAAUGGCUCACAGGAUCCAUGGCGCCAUGCUUCCAAACAGACAUCUUCGCCGGGCAUGCCUUCAUACAUUAUUACUUGUCAUAAUUGCGGCCAUGGAAUUGAUAUGCGAGAAUGUCCCCAAUCUGUUUCAAGCAUUGAAGGUAAUGCUCAGAGCUGCAACAUCCCUGAUGCAGUUAACAAAGUGAGGCAAAAGAUGAUAGAACACAUCAACUUAUGGUUGUCCGAGUGCAAGGGCUCGGGUUGGCAUUCCAUGUAAGUAUGGCAUAAACCCAGAUAUGUAAAGAUGCAAAACCGUAGACAAACCCCGUUCUUGUGUAUGUGCCCUUCAAAGCAUGCUUAGGUGCUCAUCAGACAAGGCAUUGCCAGUGUUACUCGUCCAUAACGCGUACUUACAGUCGGUUAUCUCAUUCCUUAUGUCUGGCAUUAACCUCAAGAAUUUCAUUACUGCACUGUGUUACUGUCUAGUUCCAACCUCAAUAAUUGGCGCAAGUUGUGUAUGAUUGUUUUUUGAGAAAGUCAUAGAUUUCCUCUUUCAGUUAAAUUUUCAGUGCAUGAUGAAAUUUAUGAAGUUGUUCAAGAUUCACUAUGAACAAAAUAGAUCAACAUAAGGUUUUGGCCUCUCUGAUUUAAUUCUUGUACUUUAUAAUUUGAGGCACUUACUUUUAUAAUGUUAUUUAUUAUUUCAAAUUGUAACUUCGUUAUCCAACAACUUAAUAAAAAUUUAGAAUGUUGAUCGAA